AUUUUUACAUCGCUUACUAAUCUCUCUGAUCAAUUCGAUCGGCUUUUUGUGGUGUUGUUAGGGUUCGUUUUUUUGUUUUUCUCAUCUGGAUAAAAGGAAGAAUGGGACAACAAUCGUUGAUCUACAGCUUCGUCGCUCGAGGUACGGUGAUCCUCGCCGAGUAUACCGAAUUCAAGGGCAAUUUCACGUCCGUCGCCGCUCAGUGCCUCCAGAAACUUCCGUCAUCAAACAACAAAUUCACCUACAAUUGCGACGGUCACACUUUCAAUUAUCUCGCUGAUAAUGGCUUCACCUACUGUGUUGUUGUUGUUGAAUCUGCUGGGAGGCAGAUACCAAUGGCUUUCUUAGAGAGAGUCAAGGAGGAUUUCAACAAGAGAUACGGUGGUGGAAAGGCUUCCACUGCUAAAGCCAACAGCUUAAACAAAGAAUUCGGGUCUAAAUUGAAGGAGCACAUGCAGUACUGUGCGGAUCAUCCUGAGGAGAUUAGCAAACUUUCCAAGGUUAAGGCUCAGGUGACUGAAGUGAAGGGUGUUAUGAUGGAGAAUAUUGAGAAGGUCCUUGACCGUGGCGAGAAAAUCGAGCUAUUAGUAGACAAAACUGAGAACCUUCGCUCACAGGCACAAGAUUUUAGAACACAAGGAACAAAGAUGAAAAGAAAGUUGUGGUUUGAAAACAUGAAGAUAAAGCUCAUAGUCUUUGGCAUCAUCGUUGCUUUGAUUCUCAUCAUCAUUUUGUCGGUUUGUCAUGGCUUCAAGUGUACUUAAAACUCGAUUCCGAUGGAUCAGACCACCCACAUUGCUACUAAGCUGAUUUAGAAAUCAUCCCGGUAUAGUUAUCCUCUUUUCUCGUUCUCUUUUGUAUUUUUCCUUCUUUUAGGUAAACAAAAAAUGACUUCGGUA